AGCCAUGAUUGCAAAUGACCAAGCCUCACUUACAUAGUUAGGAAACAUGACCAAAUGAUACUGAAAUGGCACGAGUCAAGCAACUCCUGGUGGUGCUCUCAUGCCUUGCCCUGAACUCAAGGUUUCGGGAGCUAGUGGACCACAAUCGGUCGUUGGCAUUCUCUGGUCAUUGGACCAAGCGGCGAGAAUUGGAUUCCCGUUUGGCUCACAAAUUGAUCGAGAGUGCUGAGGCAUUUGUCUUUGACUUAGACGGCGUCAUAUGGAUUGGAGGCUUCCUUGUUGAGGGUGUGCAAGAGACUUUGGAAGAUUUGCGUGGACAUGGAAAAUCUGUGAUUUUCGCCACCAACAAUGCGAUGCGAACUCGAUCCGAGGUUGCAUCUCGAUUGAAAUCCCUUGGAUUGGACUGGGUUAUGGAGAGCGACGUCUUCAACAGUGCCAAUGCAGUCGCCCGACUUUUGGAAGCACGUGGCAUUUCCAAAGAUCGAUCUAUUUACAUUGUGGGCGAGGCUGGUCUUCGAGAUGAAGUCCAGGCACUUGGCUAUCGCACGCAGGGUGGACCUGACGACGCAGGCAAGAGCUUGAAAGACAUUCCGACUGCCUUGGAGCGCAUCGAUCCAAGCAGCUUUGGAGCAGUGGUGUGUGGCUUGGAUCAGCACCUAAACUACUACAAGCUGGCAUUGGCCUCUAGCCUCGUCCGGAACGGCGUCCCCCUCUUUGCAUCCAAUGAUGACCUUUUUGGUCAGCUUGGUCCUGGAAAACACCAAUGGCCUGGUGCGGGCUCCGUGCUUGCGGCUGUGGCCGCUGCGGCAGGGCGUCGGCCGCCAUUAGCAGAUGCAACUGCAGGAGCCGAGAUUGCAUCAACAAGAGCAGACAAAACAACAGCCUUUAGUGAUUUAGUGUAUUUAUAUUUAGUGUGAUUUUAUUUUUUUUUGUAGUUGGUGAUUCUGACCAGAGACUUGUCCAAUGCUUUUGCCCACCUUUUUUUGUAGUUGGUGCUUCUGACCGGAGACUUGUCCAAUGCUUUUGCCCACCUUUUUUUGUAGUUGGUGCUUCUGACCGGAGACUUGUCCAAAGCUUUUGCCAUCCAAAAAACUCGAUCUGAACACUUGACCGGUCACUUAUCCAGCACUUUUGCCGGAGUGUUUGCCAGCGUUUUGGAGGAUGUCCUUAUACUGAAGGGCUUAUUACAAUAUAUAAAGGUGCCCACGGAUUGACUCACCCGGUGUUUCCGGAGGGUUAUAAUCCAAAUCAAAACACAACAUUUCUCACCGAUAACACAGCAUCAUCAUCGACAUAGCAACAUUGUCAUCGGUUUCACAACAUUGUCCUCAUGUUCACAACAUUGUGAUCUGCUUCACAACAUUGUCGUUGUUUCACAGCAUUGUCAUGGUUUUCACAAUGUUGUCAUCGCAGGGCCAGGCCAUUAACAUAGGGAAGGGGGGCGUUGGACAAUGUCAUUUAGCGUGUGAAGAACACAUCAUGUUUUGCAGAACGUUGUCAUCGGUUAGUCUCCUCGACCCGAGGGUGGAAACAAGUGUGCCGGCCUUGAUGUUUACCAUAAGAUAAAAAAAAAGACCGGUGAUUUUGUACACGUUCUUUUGAACACGGCCCUGGGCACUGGGGAGAAAAGCUUAGAGCCACGCAUGUCGUUCCCUGGCAAGAGCCUGUGACUUAUGAUAGCUGGUGAUAAUGAAGGUCAGGUCACUCAAAAGUCUGAAAAAGAACACAGCUGUUCAUGGUUUGCUUUGAAGCUGUGUCUUGUGUCCUUUCAAUGGGUAGCCAUGUCGGGUGCAAUGACGUCCAUGCAAAUUGUCAAAGGUGAGUUAGAAAAAUCAAUCGACGCCAACAUGGACAAGGAAGUGAUUUAUAUCCUCAUGGACGAUGGACAAUUGAGUUUGCCACAAAAUAGACGCAGAUAAUGGUGGCAAGUGCCCAAUGUUACAGUGGCACACGUGCCUUUCACCUCGGAGCAGAGUUGAAAACACGGUUGAUCUAAACUAUUUUGCCAGGGAUCAUAGGCAAAUCUAGCCUAUAUGCCUAUCUAUCGAACGAUAGUGGUUUGUGCCUUGCCAUGAAAGGCAAGCCAAGCCUGGAAUUUGCAAAAUUGAUCGAGCACUCCUUGGAUAUUCCAGCGCGGAAGAUGGUGAUGGUUGGUGAUAGACUCGAUACAGACAUAGCGUUUGGAAACAAUGCAGGUAUGCAGACGUUGUUGGUUCUUUCUGGUGUAACCUCCCGGGCAGAGUUGCACAGAGCACAGGGCAACUGGGUGCCUGAUUAUGUCGCAGCAUCCGUGGCCUCGUUGGGGGGCGGCCCAGCAAUGAGACCCUUAUUGAAACCCAAAGUCGGUUUCCGGUGAAAGCACGGCCUGUGCUAACAG